AUGAAAAAGUCCUCAAAUACAACAGGUACUGAUGCUCCAAAAUCAGAUAGUCAGCUCCCAGAAAAAAUCCACAAGACACAAUCGGCACGUGCUGCAAAGAUAAAGGCAAGAAAAGUUAAUAGAGAGAUUUCAGCAACAAAAAUACAGAAAGCCUGGUUCAUUUAUGUGGACAAAACAUUGUUUAAACUCCUAAAACACACAGUUUGUGCAGCGGAAUAUUGUGUGGCACAUGAACUACUGAAGAAAGUAAGCCCCAUAGAAGCUGCACUUGUUAAAGAUCCUAGCAUGAAGUGUAAAGUCAGAUUCAGAUUUGGUGGUGAAACGUUUCCACCUUUUAUCGUGUUCAAAAUUUUUUUUAAAAAUGAUGGCCAUGGUUACAAGUAUUUCAGUGGGAAAGAUUUACUAAAGCCGUCAAGUAAGGCAGUGGCUGAUGCUUGCAAGAUAAUGGGGGAAAGGAAAUUUUGUCAACAAAUUAUGGAAGAUGAGCAUUGUUUCCAGAAAUUCAAAGUAGCUGACCCCAUGGAUAUUGUCACAGCGCAAGAUUACAUGCAAUACUGCAGCCUUCUGGAUGAAACCCCUGCAUCAUCUGGAGGCAAGAAUAACCACUGGCGAAGAUUAAACCUCAAAAGCAUUCCCAAAACAAUGAUGAUGUAUGACAUAGUUGAUUAUGCAGAGUCUGGAGUAAUCUCAAACCGUUUACAAAAAGAAAUGAAGUAUUUGUUACAGAAGCCACAAACAGAAGCGAUGCGUCAGCACCAGCUAGAGAUUGUUUCUAAAGUUAGGUAUCCAUCUAUUACAACCGUCCGUCCUUUUUACCAGCCUUGGGAACAGCAAGGUAAGAUGAAACAUCUGGGCCGUCGAUCCAAGCAAGCACAAAAAAAGGUUGAAAAAAUGAAAAAAGCCUACAAGGCAGCUAAAGAAGAAAAGGCUUCCUCCCAGGAAGCAGAAGCAGACAGAUUACAAACAAAGGAGAAAAAGGUCAUCUUCUACUCUCCAGCUUUUGAUAUUGUGGCAAUUGAAGAACCCCCAACAGACACCACACUGGAAAAAGAAGAAAAGGAAUUGUUUGCCUGGUAUCAAGACCUAUAUGUUAAACAUUCUUCAUUGUUUUGA